GUUUUUUCAGUUUUAUUACAUAAUAGCCGUGCGGUUUACAAAUGACCCACAAGAACGCCACUGGGACGUGAUUAUGGCACAAAUUAUUAUGGCGUCAUCUGUCAGAAGUGAAAGUUAUGUUCCAUGACAGCUAUCUAUCUGUCAAGGUGAGCGCUUUUUUUUGUUUUGAUCAGGCACUUGCGAGCGUGGUUUGACGUUGUUUGCAGUUGAAGCUGUUUGAAUCCUUUGUUUAGCUGGAAAUUUAUGUUUUUCUAUCCAUUUAAUAAUGGAGGAGAAUAAGAGCAUGGAUGAGGUUGGCUCAGGCCAAGAGCAUUUUCAUGAUGCCGUCGAGUGCGUGAACGGAGAUUCUAACAAAGGAGGUGGAGACUACCCAGAAGUUGACCAGGCCAACAAUGGGGGUGGUAGUUUAGAUGUUGGAGAUGCUUUGGGAAGAUUCAGCACAUUCAGAGGAGGUGAGCUCCAUGCCAGAAUGCCUGUAGCAAAAUAUGCUACCCACUAUAAGAUGAAUCAUAAAAAAAGGGGUCUUGCAUAUAUUUUUAACCAUGAAGUGUUCCAAUGUGGUGGUUUGAAAUCUAGAGCUGGCACAAAUGAAGAUUGUAAAAAUCUUAAGGAGUGCCUUACAUCUUUAGGCUUUGAAGUACAUGGGUUCAAGGAUUUAACUUAUCAGGACAUUGAAACCCGUAUUAGAGAAGUGUCAAAAGUGGAUCACUCAGACCAUGACUGCCUGUUGAUAGCUGUUCUUUCACAUGGGGAAAUGGGUAUUGUUUAUGCUAAGGAUAUGCCAUACAAACCUGAUUAUCUGUGGACACCAUUCACAGCAGAUAAGUGUCCAACACUAGCAGGAAAGCCAAAAAUAUUCCUUUUACAAGCUUGCCAAGGUGACAAAUUGGAUGCUGGUGUCAAUUUGUCUACAACAGAGACUGAUGGAGAAAUUUACAACACUUAUAGAAUACCUGUUCAGGCAGAUUUCCUUAUUGUCUAUUCAACAGUAAAAGGUUACUAUUCAUGGCGCAACACCACAAAAGGUUCCUGGUUCAUCCAGUCGCUGUGCGACGAACUGAAGAAAAGAGCUAAAGACCAUGAUCUCAUGACCAUCCUGACAUUUGUAUCCCAACGAGUGGCUGUGGAUUUCGAGAGCAACGUGCCAGACAAUCACAGUAUGCAUCGCCAGAAACAGAUACCCUGCAUAAUGAGUAUGCUCACGAGAUUGAUACAUUUCAAUCCUACCGCCAUAGGAAAUUGAACAGUUAGAUACUUGGAUUUGUAGGUUUUGUUGGCAUUUUGGUGAAAAUUAUGGGCAAGCUGGAUUUUCUCUUGGAAUUUGAUCAUGUUCUUUUAUUCCCAGAAUCUGCGUGGUAUGAAAAUAAAAUUAGGUUAAUACUAAACAUACCAGAAAGUUCAGUAUGCUCAUGUUUUUCCAGAAUAUAUUAUUUGCUCAGUUUCCAGUUUCAGGGUUCCAACCCAAUAAUAAUGGAAGCAGCCUAUUCUCAUACCAGAUUUAUUUACAUAGAAUUUCUUUUGAACUGAUUCUGCUGUGUUUACUCAAUAUCGAUUCUACUAAAUAAGUUUGAAUCAAACCAAUGUUUUACACCUGCGAAAAUGAGCAAUAGUAAUUCUCAGCGUUAUUCAAAUUAAUUUAUCUUCUACCAUUUGCAUCUCUUUCUGUCUUAUAUCCAGGUGUUGAAUGUUUAAUAACGUGAGAACAUUUUGCGUGACUGAUUUAUUGGAAGGAACAGGAACAUAUUUGUAUUUUAUUGAUCUCUUUGUGAAAAAAGAACUAUCUAUUGCAAUUUCUUCAGAGCAAUAUUGUGUCUUGUGCGCUUUUAGAGAAAUCUUAGAAUAAGCAGUAAACAUAUAUAGCAUCAUAUCAUUGAAUUUAGCUUAAUAUUAAUUUGUAUUUAGUAUCUAGGAGUUCAUAUGGAGUUUGAUCCUAGGUAUAUGGAAUCCGAGCCAAGCAAGAAUGACGGUAGUUCUAUUUAAAGUUUGAUCAAACAGAGAUUGACAGAUUACUAAAAAAAGAGAGCUAAUCUAGAGGAUGUAUGGUAUAGCACCAAUAUUGGUUUAAAUAAGCAGUCGUUCAAAAAUCUGAACAAAUCGUAAUCAAAGUAUAAAUAGUAAAAAAUGGAAUUUUUAAGCUCAAUUAUACCAUUCACAAAACUUUCAACUACUGUCAAUUUCGGUCAGCUCGCUUAGGAAUUUGUGGUGUAGUGGGAUAACUGUCAUUGCCUAUUCCCAGACACUGCUAAUUCUAAAAAAAAAAACAGCACACGUUUGAGAAUAGUUUAGGAAAUGUUCUGUAGUUAUUAGUAUAAGUGGGUAGGUUUUAGGAAACAAAAGUGCAUUUAAAUACAACCACUGCCAAGUCUUUUUAAGAAAACGUGCAUUUAGGCAUAGCCGCUGCCACGGUAAAAAAGGCAACCGUCAUUUGAAAAAGUGCGUUGGUUCAAGAAAUCGUAUUACAAGGUUUAGACUGCACUACGGUUUUUUCCCACAAGCAGUAAACCACCAAACCGCAAAACCGCCCGAGAAGCACACACUAUGGUUGAAAACCGCGAAACUGGACACGAUUUUCACACGUUGAUUGGAUGGAUUUCAAGAGAGCUAUAUGUGUUUUUGCUUUGAUACUAAGAAGCAGAAAAAGAAAACGUUAUCAAAAAUUUCGCAAAUACUGGGUCCAUCUACUGACUACCGAAGAUUUAAGAAAGAUCUCUUUUAUGAACAGUAUCAAGAUUUGAGAAAACGUCCUCAGAAAUUUUCUGCUACUAUCGGAACGGACAGUUCAGUCCUUUAACCAAUACGACUUUAUUUUGAAAAAGAAGAACGUAAUUUUACGGUUGGGACGAAUGGGCCCCGACAAAAAUCGUCAUUCAAAAUACGACUUUUAUUUUUUUUUUCUAGUGUACGUGCAAAAUAUCUUAUCUGCAUAACAAAUAUCUGUGGAUUAAAUAAUAGAAAACAAUUUUUUUCUUUAUUAUGUAAUAAACAAAAAAAAAAAUACAAAAUGGGACUCAUUUGUCCCAACAGUACGGAAAAAAUGGAUAAAAAUGUCCCACUAGUAACAAAAAUACUUAUAGUUAAAAAUGUAACUUGAACGAAAGUAAUAAACUUAUAAUAUUUAAGUGUGACAGGAUUGGAAAGUCAUUGCACAAGGAAAGCUUACAUCCUGAACACAUAGUUUUUGUUCUUUUUUUCACUUUUCGAGAAGUACAUGAAUGACAUCUACGACGAGAUUUUCUUACAAACGGCAAAUUAAUGAUCUCCUACGUUUACGAGAUUUAUUGAUAAACUUGCAGGUCUGCCACUACAGCGUUUUCAAACAACGCCUGCUUUUUGUCGACCUGUGUUUAUCAAAUUUUCUGCUAGGUUUACUAGAAAUGUAAUAAACGGAACAUCACGCUUAUGAGCUUCUUUGAAUAUUAUCCAUGCAUUUGAGGCUGAUGUUAACAGUAGCUUGUAAAAUGUUUUUCUCCACCAUUUUGGAGACUUCCAAUCAAUUUCUUAUAAGCUCGACAUUUGAUCUGACAGAUCAGCAUCACUCAUAAAUCUAUUAUAUGCUUUUAUAACUUUCGGACAGGGCACGUUAAUUUUGGUUCCGUCUUUUUGGCGUCUUUCUACAUAUCCCAUUUCGUCUUUGUGACAGUUUGAAAGAAUCAAUACCUCUUUAGAAAAUUUCCAUAGAUGUGCGAUAACACCCUGAUCACUAAAUAAUGUUUGGCAAUCUCCUUUUCCCAUUUUUUUCUUUUCAAACUGUGGCAGGUUUUUUUAUUUGACAUACAUGUCCCAACAGCAGCAAAAUCUAAAUUAGCAUUUAAAUUCACAGUCAUAAAAAAACGAUCAAAACACAACAUCACGCUUGGAUCAUUUAUAGAGCUGCAUAACUUGUUUACCACUCUUUCCCCUAAUGUUCCUUCUUUUUGCUCCUCGUCUUUUCCAGCAUAUAUGUUCAUAUCAUAUACAUAUCCAGAGUCAGAAUCGCAUCUCUCCCAAAUCUUAAUACCUCUCUUUAUUGGUUUUAACGGAAGAUAUUGUUUCAGCGAGGAACGACCUUUAAAUUUCACCAUUGACUCAUCUAUACUUUGAAAACUACUGUCGGUUUGAGCUUUUGGAAAUGUAUGUUUGAGACACGACAUAGCCUCAGAAAUGUAAUAGUUUGUCUGAAUUUUCUGUUUUUUUCAGGAUGGUUGUAAUACAUUUUUGAUGUAAGAAGAAGAAAUCUGUCUCUAGAGAUUGCAUUUUUAAUAGCCUCAUUUUCAAGUGAUUUUUGAGAUGACUAAUAAUUAGACAACCAAUUACCAGCAUCAUUUCGUGAUAAUCGAUGGGAAGAUAUUGCUUUUUUGUCUUCUCUUGUAAGAUGCUUAGCCUUUCGUUAGUACAUUCAGCCAUAAAAAUAAACAAACCUCUGGGAACUAAUUUCACUCGAGUUCAGAUGAUGUAUGAGUAAUAUCUGCAUGUAAAAUACGUGUACAUUCGCGGUAGGUACACGCUUUGAAGAAAUAAAUGAAGAUCCACUAGUGCUCCAGAGAAUAUUUUUACUAAUGGGGUUAGGCUCUACCUCAAUCUCGUCAAGAUCUGACGCUAAAUAAGGAUCUACGCUAAGAAUUUCAUUAUCAGGCAAAUCGUUUUUAGCUUUCUGUUGGUUGUUCCUUUUGCGUUUACGUGUAGUACGACGGGCAGGAAGCUCCAGAUCACGUUCAGAUGAAAUAUCCGAUUCUAACUUAUACUCGGAACCCUAGUCUUGAAAAGGUUCUUCAACAUCCGAAUCGUCAGUCAACCCAUACUUAUUUAUUUUUCACGCAAUUUCUGCAAGUGCUUUAGCAGUUAACGCUCCGUUUCUAGAAAAUAAAAAGAUAAAAUGAGACCUAUGCAAAAAUAGUAACGUUUAUAGUCAAAAUUAUAUCAAUUUGUAUAAGUAUUCCAAACGUAUUCAUAUGGGAUUUGCUGGUGACUGCAUUGUGAUGUCCUUACAAAUGGGUAUAAUUUGAUUAUUAUACUAACUAUACACUAUACUAACUACUGACUCUAUACAUUACUGUUGGGACAUCUAAGUCCCACCCAUAAAAAAUCGAUGUAUUUCUUUAAUUUUAAAUAAUUAUGCAUACUCCUAAAUAUACAUAACUACUUACCUGUCCAUGUUGUUUAAUCACAUUUGAACUAAUUUAACCUGUUAGUAUCGAAAGGGUUUAUAUCAACGACAUUCCAUCCUAACACUUUUAAGACUGUGUUGCUAGAUGUACGACUACUGCGGAAUGAACUUAUAUUUUCGUUCAGAAUACUCGUGUCUAGCAAAUCCCCACCCUUGCCCCCAUUUUCAAUGAAUUGUUCAUUCUUAUUAUUUGGUUAACUUUUAUUGGCGCUAUGUCUGUUCUAAUACGGUUCAGUAUUCCCCAUGUCGAUCACUCAAAGUCAGUACCACUGGGCAUCUCUUGGAUAAGCCGGUAGUUGGUGAGUGGACCAUCUACAAUUUAAUUAUCUUUGAUUUGCAUUGAACUCCAGGCAGAGAGGCCUUUCUAUGAACUCUUACGCCUUUUUUGAGACGGGGAUCAUACAGCUUGUGACAUUACUUCUGUUGUUAAUUAACCAAGUAUGUCAUUGGAAAAAGAAAAAAAUAGCCUCCAGUGCAAUGAACUCCCUCUAAGACAUAGUUGCUUUCACCAGAAGGGUUAAGACCCCUAUACCUUCUGGAAAAACAGUUACAACUGUCGGGGCAAGUCAAAUACCUGGGGGUAAUACUAUACUUCAAACUAACCUGGAACCCACAGAUCAAACGCUCUGAUGGCAAAACAUGGGAAUUAAGCCCUUCCAUGAUGCAGUGAACGUACAUAAUAUUGGUAAUGCCCAUGAUGACUUAUGCAUAUCUGGUUCUUCAUGACGGUAUUCCGAAGAAUGAGAGUACCGUGCGCGGUUGCCGCGUCAAAUGUGUGCGCGCCAAUAGUUCUUGAACCACAAAUUUUGGCGCGUUUUUUUCCCGCUAGCCAGUCAGUAUCAAGUCGCGGUUUUAAAAUCAGUCGCGGAAAAAAACCGUCAGUUCGGGCCGCUUCCAUUAGUUUACUCACGAAAUCAGGCGGUUAAAAUUCUCGGCGGUUUAGCCGUAGUGCGGCCUAAGCCUUGAUAACAGUCAUUGUAGAAAAAGGAUCCUAGAUUACAGCACAGAAACUACACCUAAUGCCUGACUUAUCUAUGAAAACAAGUCUAAUUACUAAAAACAACUUUGUUUAAUAUCACUUUCUCAAAUGAUUUGCGUUUAAUUGUGCUACGUUUGAUGACAUACUGUCAAUUGGAUGGUGAUGAAACAUUUUUAAGGUGUUUGUCCAUUAAUGACAAAUAUUUAUCUGAAUAUAUUGAAGAAACUUAUGAGAUUUAAUUUUGGAUAUUUUUUAUAUAUGUAGAUGACAUCGACUUCUUAUAGGCUGUUGCACACCUCAUAUUAACUAUUACAAAUCCUGAUUAAACAAUUUAAAGCCUUUACUAAAUUGAUUUGAGUUUUCGUGUUCUUAUGAACUCCGUAUCACUCAGAACUUUAAAUGGAGGUGUAAAUGCCAUAUUGUAUAGAAAUAUCUAGGGUAAGUUUGAUUUGAUUAUUCUGAAACUCAGAUUUUGACAUAAUUGUCACCAAAUACUGUUUUUAAUUAAUUGCUUGACUAUCAUCCAGUAAGUUGAUGGUGUUUUCUGAAAUGACACAAUUUAUUAAAGUUGUAUUUUAUACUAAUCAAUUGCUUGACUUUUCGUGUCAAUUGAACCAUUGUCUUUCGUAUACAGUGUCUUACUGAAAGAAUAUAUGAAAUUUUACAAUUAUAUACAUAUAAUCAUUAUAUUAAUCUUAUAGAAGUAUACAUUUUUGGUGGAUAGCUAUAUUAUAUUUGAAUGUAGUAAAUCUAGUUUACUAUCAAAUAAUGACAAAUAUUUGUGAUAUUUUUUUUGUAAUUUGCAUAUUUUGCGCUUUUGUAGAGAAUUAUAAAUCGGUGUCUUUACAUGUAUAUGUAGGCUUUUUAUACAUACACAUAUACACAUAUAUUUUGUUACAACAGCUUGUCCAUAUUUUUGAAUAAAG